AUGAAAAGAAUUAUUAAAUGUCUGCUAAUUCCACUAUCAUUGAUUGUGAAUCAUUACUCGACAAAUAUUACUCAACAAAAUAAGCUGUCAUUUAUUUUAAUUAAUUUUUAAUAUAAUUUAUUAGUAAAUAAAUGUAUAUUUGUAAAUAAUGAGUUACACCACUAAGAAAUUUGGAGUUACUGACGAGAGAUUUGCACCAAAAAUUCCAAGCCCGCGGCCACCUUUACCACGCAUGAUGAUAGCGAAGCCAGUAAAACAAAGAACUGCGUCCGUAGGUGAGAAGCCAAGUGAUGUAGAAUUAGAAGCAAAUAAUUCAGAAGAUUAUCAAGACUCUGAUUCUCUGGGUGAAGAUGAAACUGAUGAUCCGCCAAAUGAUUUAGCGUUUAGUCACGAAUCACAUUCGCCAAAAUUUUCAAAGAAAUUUGAUCAUGAUACUCGAAAUAUCAAAAGAAAUUUUGCCAAGGAACCUAAAGUGGUCAAAACUCAAGUCUUUAAUAAUUUUCCAAGUAAAAAACAAAGUGAUUCUAAAAGAAAUUAUUAUUUUAGCAUAGCAAUUGUUGUUGUAAUACUCGCAAUUGUUGCUUCUUCAUGCGCAUGGUCAUCAAUUGGUAACAGCACAGAAAAAUUCGAAGAAACGGAAUCUGAAACUGUUCUUAUCAGAAACUUGGAAAAUAAUAUCGAUAGCAUUAGCAAUAAAUUUAAGCAACAGGAUGGUGAGAUUUGGGAUGAUAUAAUUGCAGGAGUUUCUGAAGUUGUCAAGCAUCCAGAUAAAUUGGGGAUUUUAUUUUUAUUUUCUCAAGAUGAUUAUCUUAUGAACUGUCUCGCUAAAAUGAUAGGGAAUGCUACGAAAGCUGCAUUGGGUUCUUCUGAAGAGCUGAUGCUGUCUCCGUCGCAACUGGGUAAAGAUCGGGGAUAUGUGAUUGAUAAAUUUAAAAAUAAAAUAACGAGUCAAAAAAUUGUGAUUGUUGAUAAUUUAUUAGAUGUAAAUCCAGAUGCGAUGAUGGAUUUUCAUCAUUUAUGUGACAGAGAGACGCCUUUGGUUACGAAAGUUCUUUAUAUACUCACAAUGGUAGCAAAAGGAUAUGAUGGAAAAAAAGAAAAUGCGUUGAAAUUCGUUGAAAAUCAGCUGAAACUCAAAUUAAACAAUCAGAUAGAUCAAGAUAAAGUUGAUCCAUUGAUUACUAGACUGACAGAUGGUGUCAUUAUUCCGGUUCAACCGGAACCAGAUUUUAAAAGUUGUCCUUUACGUUAUUGAGGAAAUUUAUGUAAAUAUAUAUAAUAUUAAAAUCUACUCAUAUUAUUUUUGUAAUUUACUAUAAAUUUUUACGCUUUUUGAAAAUUAAAUAUUUUUUGUAUUAUACUUACUCGUAAAUUAACAAUAAAAAUUGUGAAGUGUGAUAAUACUUUUUUUUUUUUAAUAUUUCGAAAUUAUUAAAUUUUUAUUUUCAUCUUUAUACGAAAUAAUACAUUGAAGGAACAAACGAAACCUUUACUACGAGGAUUGCUUAAUUUAUUAUCUUUUUCUUUUAAAUAUUUUUAAAAUUCUUUCAAUAAUACAUUUUUAUCCUAUUAGUUUUAUUAUUAUGAAAAAUAAAAUGUCGUGUUAUUGACUCGAGUCAUGUAUAAUUUAUGUUCAGUUGUUUGUUGAAAUUUAAGAGAGAUCUCAUUAAAAAUAGUAUAAUUGUUGUACAUUAUUAAUUAUCAUUAUUUUAUGUAUUUGUAUUUGUAUAAUCGUUUGAUGUAGCAGUCAACAGUCCCCGUAUUGUUUCACGACAAUAUUUAUAAUUUCAAUCACUCUGUCAGUAGUUUAGUCCAUUGCCAAUUUAUGGUACCAAUAAAUUUAAUUAUUAAUGAAUCUAAAUAAAAAUAAUUUUAAACGACAAUGGUUUAAAUUAACAAAAGUUAAUUUAUACUUAAAAGAAAAAAAAUUAC